AUGUCUGAGGACCAGGUUGCCCUCGGUUCGGGCUCUCUACACCUCACAUCCGGUCUUCAGGGAGGACUGCUCGCAAUCGCCAUAGUCGCCUGCGUCUCCUUUGUCUCAUCGACCGUACUAUUCUUCUACAUCAGUUACAAGCUGGCAUGGCACUUCUACUUCAACAAGCCGGUCAAUAAACGCCAAGACAGUGUCGAUACUCAUGCCUCGGAUAAUAUACAAGAUUUCGAGCUUGGAAUCGACGGCGUCUUUGCCGGUGGUCGUGAAGAGGAUAGACAGGUCCAUGAUGGUCGACUCGGACCCAAGAGAGGCAAGCAUGGAGACCAUCGACAACCUCCAAAUCAGUUCCUGAUCCUCAUAUUCAAUCUUCUCUUGGCCGACAUGCACCAGGCUCUGGCCUUCUUCCUCAACAUAGAGUGGUUUCGCACAGGUCUGAUUCGUGUCGGGACCUCUACGUGCUUCGCCCAAGGUCUCUUCAUAUCCACCGGUGACCUCGCUUCGAGUUCCUUUAUAACAGCCAUUGCCAUCCACACCUACAUGUCUGUCAUCCACCACCGCACAAUACCCCAGCCUCGUUUAUACACGGCCAUUCUCUGUAUCUGGCUCUUUGUCUACGCCAUCGCCACCAUCCCCAUUGCUGCCACCCUCAACGGCACUCACCAUGGUGGGUUCUUCGUUCGCGCAGGAGCGUGGUGCUGGAUGAAUAGCACCUACGAAACUCUCCGACUCGUCACCCACUAUCUCUUUAUCUUUAUUUCUCUGGCUACAACGACAUGCCUCUACCUGGCCAUCGUCAUCAGUCUCCACCGACAAGCCCUACCUACGGGUCCUCUUGACCAGGAAACUGAUUUUUCGCCCGCAGUUCAAGCUCGACAGCAGCUGUCUCGAAACCCGGCAUUCCUCAUCUACCCUUUGAUAUACCUUCUCUGCACACUACCCCUCGCACUCGGGCGAGUCGCCAGCAUGGCUGGCACCACCGUGCCUCUUGGCUACAUGUGCUUCGCGGGCGUCAUGAUUGCCUCCAACGGCAUGUUUGACUGCCUCCUGUUCAGCACGACGCGAAACACAAUAGUCUUCGCAAGCAAGCACAGAAUCGACAACCAGAGCACAGGACUACAAACAUUCGCAUUCAUGAAGACACCCAAGUCAAGACGCUACGGAAACAUGGUGUGGAUCCAGGGCGGCCAUGGUGGUACUCCAUCCAAUAGUUACGACAUGACGACGGGCGAGUGGUGGUCAUGGAGGCGGCUAAUGGGUCGGAAGGGCCACAACAAUACACGUGCGCAAACAGGCAGGCACAAACGGGACGGAUCAUCCAGGAUCAGCCAGGAGUCAUUCAGGAGGGAGACGGCCAUACAGAUGGAGACUGUUACCUCGGUGGUCAUCGAGGCGGAACCACGCAAAGACUCGGAUGAUCUAUUCCCAACUGUGUCAACAGGCUCAUCUGUCGAAGAUGCUACCAUGCAAGACAUCCCUGAAUGGUAG